AUGGGUCUUGUUUAUUGUAGCGAACGCAUGAUUUCUGUUUCAGGUGUUUCUAUGAAUGAGGACAUUCCCCGAUGGUUGAUAUGCGGUGCUGGAGCAGGUCUGGCAGUCGACCUGGGACUAUAUCCGCUCGAUACAAUAAAAACGCGUUUGCAAAGCAAACAAGGUUUCAUAGCUGCAGGCGGAUUCCGAAACAUUUACAGCGGCAUGGGUUCAGUCGCUAUAGGGUCAGCUCCUGGAGCUGCACUAUUUUUCCUGAGCUACAGAACAAUAAAUGGAUUCUUCAAAGAAGAGACAGCCAUUGUUCACGCCUUCUCCGCCAGCUUGGCAGAGACCAUAGCCUGUGCCGUCCGCGUCCCAACAGAGCUUGUUAAGCAACGACUACAGGCUUCGAUUCCCAGGCUAGAGCUGAGGCAAGUGUGUCGAGAAAUAUACAAGUCUAAUCGCCUCCUGGGUUUCUACAGAGGAUACUUAAGCACUGUGACUAGGGAGAUUCCCUUCGCUGUCAUAGAAUUUCCUCUCUAUGAAUUUUUGAAGAAAACCAUCGCUUCGAGAAAGGGUGCUGACUGUUCGCCUAUUGAAGGCGCUGCCUGUGGAAGUAUAGCAGGGGCGUUCGCUGCUGCUCUUACGACACCUCUUGAUGUAGCGAAGACGCGGAUAAUGCUCUCAAAAUCUGCAAAAGCUCCAACCAUAUUAAGGACGCUGAAUGAGAUCUACGUCGCUCGCGGCUUCCCAGCACUUUUUGCGGGUAUCGUACCACGCGUUCUCUGGAUGACGGUAGGCGGUUUCGUUUUCUUCGGAGCCUACGAAAGUGUGCUAGCGGUAUCUUAUUGGGUAUGCCCAGAUAAGAAGAAAAAUUCCGGUAAACCUCCUUUUGUGCCAUAG